ACAAGGCCUCAGCCUGCCUACAGCUGCUUCUGUCUACAAGCAUGGCCUUGCUACCACCAGUGGGCCAAGAUGAGGCAAAAUGCUUUCAGGAUGAAUCUGGAAAAACUCAGUAAGCCGGAACUGCUGACACUAUUCAGUAUUCUUGAAGGAGAGCUUGAAGCAAGGGACCUUGUUAUAGAAGCUUUAAAGGCUCAACACAGAGAUACUUUCAUUGAAGAACGCUAUGGAAAAUAUAACAUCAGUGAUCCCUUAAUGGCUCUACAGAGAGAUUUUGAAACACUGAAGGAGAAAAAUGAUGGUGAAAAGCAGCCGGUCUGCACAAACCCUCUGUCCAUCCUGAAGGUGGUGAUGAAGCAGUGCAAGAACAUGCAGGAGCGCAUGCUGUCCCAGCUGGCUGCUGCCGAGAGCAGGCACCGAAAGGUGAUCCUAGACCUUGAGGAGGAAAGGCAGAGGCAUGCGCAGGACACAGCAGAAGGAGAUGAUGUCACCUACAUGUUGGAGAAGGAAAGAGAGAGGCUGACCCAGCAGUUGGAGUUUGAAAAGUCCCAAGUGAAAAAGUUUGAAAAAGAACAGAAGAAGCUCUCCAGUCAGCUGGAGGAGGAACGCUCCCGUCACAAGCAGCUCUCAUCCAUGUUGGUGCUCGAGUGCAAGAAAGCCACCAGCAAGGCAGCCGAGGAGGGGCAGAAGGCAGGAGAGCUGAGCCUGAAACUGGAGAAGGAGAAGAGCCGGGUCAGUAAACUGGAGGAGGAGCUGGCAGCUGAGAGGAAGAGAGGCUUACAGACUGAGGCCCAGGUGGAAAAGCAGUUGUCGGAGUUUGACAUCGAAAGGGAGCAACUGAGAGCAAAACUGAACCGAGAAGAGAACCGGACUAAAAGUCUGAAAGAAGAGAUGGAAGGUUUGAAGAAGAUACUCAAGGACCUAGAGGCUUCCCACCAGCACAGUAGCCCUAAUGAUCAGUUGAAGAAGCCAGCAACCAUGUCCAAAGGCACAGCAACCGAGCCUCCCAUGCUAGUUUCUGUAUUUUGCCAAACAGAGAGCUUUCAGGCAGAAAGAACCUAUGGGAGCAGCACAGCGAAAAUGACAAACACAGGGUUGGCUGGUCCCACUACCCCCCCUUACUCUUAUGCAAAAACCAAUGGCCAUUGUGAUCCAGAGAUACAAACUACUAGGGAAGUGACUACAGGCAACAAUAUAGAAAACCAAGUUCCUCCACGAGAGAAAUCUGUGGCAUUGGCCCAAGAGAAGCCAGUUGAGAAUGGUGGCUGCCCUGUGGGCACUGAGACUCCUGUCCCAAUGUCUAGUCACCUCCCUUCCAGUGGGAGCUCGCUGUCUCCCAGCAGCACUGCCUCCUCUUCUCUGACAUCCUCGCCAUGCUCUUCCCCUGUACUAACUAAGCGUUUACUGGGAUCAUCAGCUAGCAGCCCCGGUUAUCAGUCAUCUUACCAAGUAGGGAUCAACCAGCGGUUCCAUGCAGCUCGGCACAAAUUUCAGUCACAAGCAGACCAGGACCAACAAGCCAGUGGUCUGCAGAGCCCUCCAUCCAGGGAUCUGUCCCCCACCCUCCUAGACAACUCUGCUGCCAAGCAGCUGGCCCGAAACACAGUCACUCAGGUGCUCUCCAGGUUCACUAGCCAACAAGGGCCAAUCAAGCCUGUCUCUCCCAACAGCUCCCCCUUCGGCACAGACUAUCGCAAUCUGGCCAGCACUGCCAAUCCAAGAGGUGACACCAGCCAUUCACCUACUCCGGGGAAAGUGUCUAGUCCUCUGAGUCCCCUGUCUCCUGGAAUCAAGUCUCCUACCAUCCCCAGAGCUGAGAGAGGAAACCCUCCACCUAUCCCACCCAAAAAGCCUGGCCUCACGCCUUCGUCAUCUACCAGCACUCCUCUGACCAAAACUCAUUCCCAGGCAUCCUCACUGGGCACCACAGAAGACCUUGCUGGCAGCUGCUCUUCCAAUGCCGUGGUAGCCAAUGGCAAGGAUGUCGAGAUACUUUUGCCUACCAGCAGUUAGUCCCGGAGCGGGCAUCUCCACAUUUGACAUUCCAUCAGAUUUCGUCCAAGAGCUCAGAGUCAGGCCACUGAGUCAGAUUAUGUUAUUUAUUUGGAUAGUAGCUGAGACCAUCUGUAUAAUACUUUUAGUGUACUUCACCUUUUUGUAUUUUUUUAAGUAGAAACUGAGUAGUAUUGAUUUUUAUGGCUCACAUCUUUGUACUAAAGCUAGAAGGGCACCUCAAAGACGUCUCAAGCUCAGCAGUCACUGUCAUAUUGUGACGGAGAAAGCUAAUUGGGUACCAGGUGGUGAUUUGCUGUCUAUUUUGGGACUAGAAUCACUCAGCACUCAUUUUGAAUUAUGCAGAGUGGUUCACGCAGAUUUUUAUUCCAGAUGAACAUGUUUUAAAAGUGCCUGAAAUAAGACUGCCAUAUGAAUGUGAUUCUGCAGCAAAAACACAAAAUGGAUCAUUUAAUUGCAGAAAAUGAGAUCCUCUGUGAAUUUUGAAUGUUAAAAACCAACACUGCUUUUAAUCCUCUGUUACUGUUUAUAAUAACAAGCUUUGUGUUCUGAAACAAGGCUAGAUACAUAGAAUGGGAAUCCUUCUAACGGUGGGUGUGAACUCACCACAAAGCUGAGCUUUAUAGAGCCCUUGAGAAACCCUCCUGAGCACUAAGCAGUUAGGGUGCUGAUUUCCUUGUACUUUUAAAAAAUUAAGUCACUCCUAGUUUCCUGCAUAAAUCACAUCCAUUCAAAGAAGGUCUUCAGUUAUCUACUGGUGUAUAAGAAACUUCUGAUUCUGAUUACUAUUACUUGAAUAGGAAAUGGUUAUUCAUUCUGUGUAAAAGUUUUACAACAGAAUGGCAUCUUUAUUCUGUAAUCAAAAAGCAAUAACUUAAAAUUCACUCUCUUUGUAAUAUAAGUCAGAAUUAUACCGGUUUUUAUCAAAUUGUUACAUUUAUUCUCCAAGCUGCCAGCACUUAGCAUCUGUAUCUAUGGAACCAAAUUAACAUUUGCCUAAAUGAAAGUAUAAAUGUAUCUGUACAGAGACAUACCCCUUUACGUGUUGAACAUUCACGCACUUAAACACAUAAAUAUUAGUGUGAUUAUAUCUUUGGAGUUUGCAGUAUAGUAAAGGACAAGUAGAAUUGCACAUUAAGAUUACCUAGCAAGGCAGCUCGAUGUGGCUGGGACCCAGUCAGUCAAAGGGGAGGAACCCUGUCCACAGGGAGGUAGGGGAAAUGUCAGAUGAAGCCCAGGUUUUCAGCAUCAUAAAGAGGCACAGCUAAACUAACCCAUGUCACAAAACCCAACUGGUCAUGUGAAAGAGGACCAAGUGAAACACACCUAAGAGUGGUGGCAGCCAUAGCAAACUGAAGUGCCUAAGUCCCAUGUGAAGAGCCGUGCCAUUCAGCUCUGGCUGCUUGCUGCCGUGCAAGAAUAGGAGACCAGAGUUACCAACUCUCCAGAUGUUUAAACAGUGCUGGCUAAACACUUCUGUACCUGGAUUUAGUUGCAGGUUGCCAAGUUGCAACCUCUUUUCACCAUAGCAAAUUGGCAUGGACAGAAACCUCCCGAUUUCUAGCUGUAUAGGCCAGUAGCUGACAAAGUCCAUAGAAUAUAACUGUCCUGUCUUCAAACAGGACUGUCCACAGCCCAGCUCAGACAUGGUAGUUGUAUGAUUUUGUGCCCACUGCGGGGAGGGGGUGUCCUCACAUACAGUCUUCCUAGCCCACAUCUAUCCAGCAGCCUCCAAUCACCUGCUGUAAUUUAAAUUUAUUUCCUCUUAAUCCAGGAAAAGCUAUGUAUAAAUCACAAUGGAAAAUACUGGUGACUACAACCCUUACGGCUUGAUUGAGGUAAUAUAUCAAAAAUUUAAACAUUCCUAAUGCCCAAGGGUGUCUACCAAAAUGAUGUAGGGGGUAUCUUAAACUAUCCAAAACAAUCAUACAUUGAACUUCAUUCCCUUACAUAGCCAAAAUGAACAGUAUUGAUUAAAACAGCUGAACUUUCUAAACAGGAUAGGAGGCUACAGUGCUUUAAAUGGUAAUCUUAAAAGUUGCAUUGUGCUCUUCCUUUGUUUUGGGAUAAAUGUAUACAGUACAUAAAGAGAUACUAUAAGGAGGUUUAUCUCUUAGGAAGUGCACUGAAUCAUGUAUUUCUUUUACAGUGUAAUAUGGGGGCGGGGAUAUGCAAAAGAAAUGUGUAUUUUUGCUAGUUGCCUAUCUUCUGAGAUAAAUAAGCACAAUCUUGCAAUGGAUCCAGUAAUCCAGUUAGAUAUUAUAGAGUAGUAUUUAAGUUUGCUGUAGAUUGUAUGUGUGUGCUAAGUAAAAGUUCCAUGAUUCACAGUUUUGGUAUUAACCCAUGUUGCAAAAGUUAUUUUACUGGUCAACAGAUGAUAAUGAUGUGACUUAUAACACAAGCAUUAACGAGUCAUUAACAUUUGUAAAGCCAAAUGUACCAUGCAGAAGUCUUCAUUUUUAUAACAGACUACAUUAAAACAAGUUAAAUCAUA